AUGUCCACCGCCACUGACGACGUACUCCCUCUUCAUAACUACAAACACUCUCUUCGUACCUCUAUCAACCGCCUCUUUGCUCUAAUAUACUGUUGUGCCAUCCUAGCCUUGCUUAAUCACCACAGACACUCCCUCCUCCACUCAACAACCCUAACCUCCUUCUUCAUCACCCUCACCCUCCUCAUAGCUGACUCCAUCCUCGGUUUCUUGAACAUCACCGCGCAAGCUUUCCGAAUGAAGCCCCUCUACCGCAAAGAAUACCUCGAAAACCUCAUAAAGGUUCUUCCAAAAUCCGACUUCCCUGCACUUGAUGUGUUCAUAUGCACUGCGGACCCCUACAAGGAGCCUCCGAUGAACGUUGUGAACACAGCGUUGUCGGUGAUGGCUUAUGAUUAUCCGACGGAGAAGGUGUCGGUGUACGUUUCAGACGAUGGAGGAUCGGCUCUGACUCUGUUUGCGUUCAUGGAGGCUGCAAAGUUUGCAAGGCACUGGUUACCUUUCUGCAGGGAGAACAACGUAGUGGAAAGGUGUCCAAAAGCUUUUUUGGAAUUGGAACACUCCAGAUUUGCUGAGGCUGAGAAAAUUAAGAUCAUGUACCAAGGCAUGAAAGUGAGAGUAGACAACGUAAUCGAGAGAGGCAAAGUCGACAGCGAAUAUAUAAUCGGAGAACGGGAAAAUCAGGCAUUUGUUAAAUGGACCGAUGGAUUUACCCGGCAAGAUCAUCCCACAAUCGUUCAGGUUUUAUUGGACAGUAGCAAAGACAAAGAUAUCACCGAUAGUGUCAUGCCAAACCUAAUCUAUGUUUCUCGAGAAAAAAGCAGGACAUCAGAUCAUAAUUUUAAAGCUGGUGCCCUUAAUGUCCUUAUUCGAGUUUCGGCUGUCAUGACCAAUGCACCAGUAGUCUUAACCAUAGACUGUGACACGUACUCCAAUGACCCCCAAACACCUUCUCGUGCACUAUGCUACUUAUCAGACCCUAAUCUUCGAUCUAAAUUAGGAUAUGUGCAGUUUCCGCAGCGAUUUCGUGGAAUCAACAAAAAUGACAUAUAUGGUUGUGAACUUAAGGGUUUGUUUGUGUUCAAUGCUGAGGGAAUGGAUGGGGGUUCGGGGCCAAAUUAUGUAGGAACAGGAUGCUUUUUCAAUAGAAGGGCUUUCUUCGGCGGUCCAUCACAGUUGUUAUCACCUGAAAUUCGCGAGUUAGCCCCGGAUAAGGUGGUGGACAAGCUCAUUCAGUCCCCAGAGAUUCUUGAAUUGGCACAUCGUGUUGCUGCUUGCAACUACGAAAAGAAUACCGAUUGGGGAUGGAAGCUUGGUGUGAGAUACGGCUCGCUGGUGGAGGACUUCUUCACUGGUUAUAAGAUGCAAUGUGAAGGAUGGAAAGCUGUACUGUGCAAUCCUACUAGGGCAGCAUUUUAUGGAGAUGCUCCGAUCAACCUUGUUGAUGUGUUCACGCAAAUAAAGCGAUGGACCAUAGGCCUCCUUGAGGUUGCUUUCUCUAAAUAUUGUCCAAUUACAUUUGGCAUUCGAGCCAUGGGCCCUUUGAUGGGGCUCUCAUAUGCUCACUAUGCAUUUUGGCCCAUUUGGUCCAUUCCAGUCGCGGUGUAUGCUUUCCUUCCCCAACUCUCUCUCCUCAAUGGAAUCACCAUCUUUCCUAAGGUUUCGGAGCCAUGGUUUCUCUUGUACGUCUUUCUUUUCCUUGGAGCCUACACGCAAAACUGCAUAGACUUUAUGGUAGAAGGAGGAUCAUUCCCCAAGUGGUGGAAUGACCAACGAAUGUGGAUGGUUAGAGCUCUCUCACCCCUCUUGUUUGGAUCCAUUGAGUACCUCCUCAAGUCCUUGGGCAUUUCUGCCCAUGGGUUCAAUGUGACCAGCAAAGUUAUCGAUGAAGAUCAAAACAAAAGAUAUAACCAAGGAACCUUCGAGUUUGGUGUCGCAUCACCCAUGUUUGUGCCUCUAACAUCAGCUGCCAUUCUCAACUUGGCUGCAUUUGCUUGGGGGCACGUAGAGGCUUUCAGAGGCAGCAAUGGCUUGGAGGGGAUGUUCUUGCAGAUGUUUAUAGCUGGUUUUGGCGUUGUAAAUUGUAUACCAAUCUAUGAAGCCAUCAUCAGUAGAAGUGACAAAGGGAGAAUUCCUACAAAAAUCACUAUGGUUUCAUUACUCUUGGCAAUUGCUCUGUAUGUAGCAGCUUAUGUUGCUCUUCAAGUAGCUGACUUGGUAUGAAGUUCAAUUUACCAUUGAUGGACAAUAGGUUAAAGUUAAUUAUGCCAAGCUUAAUGCUAACUAGCUAUUGGUCGAUACGUCCGAGCGGUUAAGGAGACAGACUUGAAAUCUGUUGGGCUCCCGCGCAGGUUCGAACCCUGCUGUCGACGUGUAGUGUUUCUGAUU